UUGGGGUGGGGGGGAGGAAAUCUCCACUUGGAUUGUAUCAUCCUGUUAAUUUUCUCGGGGGCGGAUGGGUCAUAGAAGCAUGACUUGUCUGCCUCAGUAGGCUGUCAUUCGCUUUGACAAUCCGGCCCGCAUCUCUGGCUGCUGACCGGCUCUCCCUCAGUAACAGCCUAAUGAGCCGGUCCAGUUCUGCGGCUCCCUCCAAGCCUCACCAUUGGGUAGUCAGGGAGGCUGCUUCCCCGGAGCGCUUCGGCCUAGGGAAAGUGGGGCGUGAGCUGCUCCCUGGGUCGGGUCGGGCCAGCCUCUGUGGGAGGAUCGAAUUGGAUGCGGUUCGUUAAUAUCGCGACAGCGGCUUUCUCCCGGGCGCGGUUAUAUGAAAGAUGUCCUAUUAAGCUGUUAGUACUGGAAAGACAAAGUGGAUGAAGAAUGAAUUUUGCAGAAAAUCAGACAGCUUCUCUGACCCACCUCUAGAAGUGACUCAGAAUCAAAGGAAAUCUACUUGUUCCAGUUUACACCUUCUAGUUCUUUGGCAUCUGAGUGAUUUUUGUGAUGAGGUCGUCUGCUGGCUUUCACCAUAUCCCCCUUUUGUCUGCUACAAUUCUGGCUCCAUUCUGCCUUGAGGAGGACUCUUGAAAGAUUACCCACCUUUGAUCACCUGAUCACCAUUUAGGCCCAAGAUCAGUUGUAAAAGUAGUUGCAGGAAGCACCAUGGAAGAAGAAUGAUGUUGAAUAGAAGGAUAGUUCAUUUCCAAGAGCUCCUGUUAGACCAAAAGAAGAAGAAGAAGAAGAAGAACCCAUAAAAACCACCUGGAUGAGGAUAAGGCCAGGGGAAGCUCUGGGGUUGAGGAGUCACUUCUUUUUGCUCUGAACCACUUUGUUUUGUGCAGAAGAGAAUAGUAAAUGGUAUGACUCAGGCUUUUGAUGUGGGAAAGUUUGGGUUCCUCAUCUUUGGACCCGGCAUAUCUGCGGGUUUCCUGGACCCUGAAACAGACCACCUGGGACUUGGCCUACAUCAAGUUGAUUAUUGAUGCAAGGGAUAGUGUACAUCAGGAGUGAAUAUCUGAGCCGGCCCUUGGAUGGAGCCAGAUCUACACUGACAAACACUUUCCCCAGUUCACCCCAACUGCCCCCAGAUAACCAGAUCCCAGACCACUGAAGCCUUCUUAUGCUUCAUGGAGCCCCAUGGGGAGAGAGUUGGAGAGGGUGAUAGGGUGCGUAUCACAGCCCAGAUGCUUAAAGCCUGGUCAGGUGAAUUUUCCCUGGAGUCCAUCUUGUUGCUGAAACUUUGUGGUUUGGGGCUGGUGGACCUGGGCUGCCUUGGUGAAUGUUUGGGGCUGGAGUGGUUGGAUUUGUCUGGUAACACACUCACCCACCUAGGACCCCUGGCCUCCCUUCGGCAACUAGCUGUACUCAACGUCUCUGCCAACCGUCUGACAGGCCUAGAACCACUGGCCUCUUGUGAGAGCCUGCAGAGUCUCAAUGUAGCUGGUAACUUGCUGGCUGGGGUGGGCCAACUGCAAUGCCUGGCAGGACUUCAGCGGCUGGAACAUCUGAGGCUUCAGGACCCCUUGGCACGGCUUAGCAACCCACUCUGCAAUAGCCCUUCCUACAGGGCUGCAGUUGGGGAGCUGUUGCCUGGCCUAAAGGUCAUUGAUGGGGAGCGAGUGUCAGGUCAGGGCAGUGAAUUCUACCAGCUGUGCCGGGACCUUGACAAAUCCUUGCACCGGAGCCCAGGGCCUGUCUCUGGACUUACCCCCUGUGAGGCCAAGCCUUGGGUGGAGCCCAGCUACUGGAAGCCCCCACAGGGCCAGGCCAGCUCCAUCCUGGAAGAUGCAUGCCGUCAGUUCCAGGACACAGUACAAGAAUGCCAGGAGCUGAGCCAGAAGGCCGAUGAUACCCUAGCCCAGGCAGAAGAGGCCCUUAGACCUGCCAGUGGGGACACCACUUCUUUUGUCUUCUAAGCCUAGCCAAUGCCCAAUGUUGGGAGGGGAGUGGCUGGAGAAGGGAAACUCCCAGGUACCCUAGGCUUUGAAGAACUCUCUGUAUACUAUCACAAACCUCAUUACCAGCCUCAGAGAUUGUAUCCAAUUAGUUUUGUCCCCUUUACUUAUGUUUCCUAUAUACUCAAGGAAAAUUAAAUCUAGAUCCUCGAUCUUGUGGAAAUAUUAUGUUUGAACCUGUCUUCUUUCUCUCUGUCUAUAUUUGCUCAUAGAGAAACCAAUUAUUGCAGGCCUCUUCCUAAGGAUCCUGUGCCUCCCCUCCCCACUAUCACAAGACUGAUCUUAAGAGAACGAGUGCUUGUACCUAAGUUAAUUCUCUGGC